CUCACGGGUAAACUUGAACGUUAGAUACGGAUUUUCUACAUCCCUAACUGGCAACCUGUGUGUUGUUCAGGGGGAGGUGCUAGUUCGCAGUAGUUUCUGGAAGGAACCUCAUGCUUGCACCAUGGAGAAAGUUUCAGCUUUGAAAGACCAGGGCAACAAGGCUCUGAGUGCAGGAAAUAUUGACGAGGCUGUACGCUGCUACACCGAAGCCUUGGCUCUUGACCCCUCAAACCAUGUCCUGUUCAGUAACCGCUCAGCUGCCUAUGCCAAGAAAGGCAGCUAUGAGAAUGCUCUCCAAGAUGCCUGUCAGACCAUCAAGAUCAAACCUGACUGGGCCAAGGGCUACUCCCGCAAAGCUGCUGCACUUGAAUUUCUUGGCCGAUUAGAGGAUGCUAAAGCAGCUUACCAAGAAGGACUCCGGCAUGAGCCAAAUAAUCAGCAGCUGAAGGAGGGUUUACAGAACACUGAGGCCCGGCUUGCAGAGAAAACAAUGAUGAACCCCUUUGCCAUGCCCAACUUGUACCAGAAGCUGGAGAGUGAUCCUCGGACUCGUGAGCUCUUGUCAGAUCCCAGCUACAGAGAACUGCUAGAGCAGCUCAGGAGCAAACCAUCAGAGCUUGGCAUGAAGCUACAGGAUCCCAGAGUGAUGACAACACUAUCUGUGCUGCUGGGAUUGAACCUCUCUGAGAUGGAUGAAGAGGAGGAGUCCACUCCUCCUCCUCCCCCCAAGCCCAAAGAGACUCAGCCACCGACUCCCAAAGAGGAAGACCUACCUGAAAACAAGAGAGAGGCCUUGAAGGAAAAAGAACUUGGGAAUGCUGCAUAUAAGAAUAAGGACUUUGAAACAGCACUGAAACACUAUGAAGAAGCAAUCAAACAUGACCCCACCAACAUGACUUACAUUUCUAAUCAAGCAGCUGUGUAUUUCGAAAAGGGAGAGUUUGAGAAGUGCAGAGAGCUGUGUGAGAAGGCCAUUGAUGUUGGCAGAGAGAACCGUGAAGACUACAGACAAAUUGCAAAGGCCUUGGCUAGGAUUGGCAACUCGUACUUCAAGCAGGAAAAAUACAAAGAAGCAAUUCAGUAUUUCAACAAGAGUCUGACGGAGCAUCGUACUCCUGAUGUCUUGAAGAAGUGUCAACAGGCAGAGAAGAUACUGAAGGAGCAGGAGAAACUAGCCUACAUCAACCCAGACUUAGCCCUGGAAGAGAAGAACAAGGGCAAUGAUGCCUUCCAGAAUGGAGACUACCCCUUAGCCAUGAAACAUUACACAGAGGCCAUCAAGAGAAACCCCAAUGAUGCCAAGCUGUUUAGUAACAGAGCAGCCUGCUACACAAAGCUGCUGGAGUUUCAACUGGCCCUGAAGGAUUGUGAAAAGUGCAUCAAUCUUGAGCCUACCUUCAUUAAAGGUUAUACACGUAAAGGAGCUGCUUUGGAGGCCAUGAAAGAUUAUUCUAAAGCCAUGGAUGCAUACCAGAAGGCUCUAGAGCUUGACUCUUCCUCCAAGGAAGCCACAGAAGGCAUCCAACGCUGCAUGGUCAGUCAGGCGAUGAGGAAUGACAGUCCUGAGGACGUGAAGAAAAGGGCUAUGGCUGAUCCUGAGGUACAGCAGAUUAUGUCUGACCCAGCCAUGCGCAUGAUCCUUGAGCAAAUGCAGAAGGACCCUCAGGCACUCAGCGACCACUUAAAAAAUCCGGUUAUUGCUCAGAAGAUUCAAAAACUCAUUGAUGUUGGACUGAUAGCAAUUCGUUGAUGAAAGAUGAGCCAGAUGUGUCAAGAAACUCCCAAGACUACAUUGGAACAACAUGCAGAUCCUGACCGAAUAUUACAUUCUCUUUUCUUGCCUUCAAAUUAUAUUGUCCUUGGUCUCACUGAGACUUGGUGUGUAUGUAAUUUUUUUUUGUAAGUUCACAACUUUUUCAUUUUAUCAAGGAAAGCAUCUUGUCUGGAAAAUUUCAGGACUCCAGAAAUCUUUCUUAAAAAACUGUUCAUGUGUACAGAUGCUUAAAUACAUCUUACAAUAAAGAUCACAAUGCAAUGCACCAGCAUGCUCAGUGUUUAAAGGGGAGGUCCACCCUAAAAGGCUUCACAUAUUCCUAUAGGUUUAUGAAUAUGGUUUAAGAGAAUGAGACCAAAAGUAAACAAAUUUCUACUCUCAAAAUCAAGAUUGUAAUGUAGAUCACAAAUUGUGAUUCUCAACACUGGUCACUGUUCUUCACUCUUACGAUGUCCUCUUUAAUCUUGACUAAAAAUGGUGCUUUAAAGUUGAGGUGUCAUGUUUGUUUUCCUUGGUGCUUCCUCCAUUGGUCAUCUCCCACACCUUAGGGCCAAAGCUAAAACCUCCCCAUCUUUUAAACUAUUUGCUUGGAUUUUGUUUAUGUACCACAUAUAUCAAGUAAAUGACGAGCUUUUUUUGACUGGGACAGAGACGGGAUGGAUGUAGACAAACUUGGGACUAGGAUGGUAAGAAUCAUUGCCUUUAAGGGUUGAGAGAUUUUUUUUUUUUUUGUGGUCACAAGAAAAAUUAAUGUUUUAUUAAACAGUUCAUAAAGCCAUUUAGGCAGCCAUGUUUUUGUUUCUAUGUUGGUGGAAAAACUUGGGGUUAAAACUCUUGUGCUAUAGGUGAAAUAUCAGCAAGAUUGUCAAAGUCAUAAGAAUGCUGUUGAUAACGCUCUGCUCUGUGAGCAGGAGUGUAAUGAACUUAUCUAGUACACCAGUAUUAUGACAUGGUGAUAAAGUUUAAACUUUGCAUAGGAGGUGUGUCAGUAAUUAAAACGGUAGGGUAAAGUAGAGUAGAUACCUUUGGCUGGCCUGACAGAGGAAGUAUUGUGAUAUUUAAAGGGUGGAUUUGCCUUUCAAAUCUAGCAACUAGUGGUUGCGUAUUUGGGGUCAUUUAUCUUGCUUAAUAUUUGCUUGUCUUAAGAGUACUGAAGACCCAGUCCUACCUGUCAUCACAUCCUGAUGUAUUUUACGAAAGCAAAGAGGUAGUUCAUUAGGUGACUUGUGCCAGCCUUUUCUGAUUCAAACUGUAAUCCUGUAAUCAGUUUUCUUCACACUUGGUGAAAUUUGUCCUCCCAUACAGCUCCCUGGGUGCUUAGUUUCUGUUUGCAGAGAAAACAUGUAUGCGGUAAUAUUGCUAUUAAUCUUUAGGCCACACGUGGCUUCAGAUACCUCAGAGUCACAACAUUGUCAUAUUUGUGCUAUGGUUUCCUUGGGGAACUCAGAAAUGUUAGAAAUGUAUUGUUUCACCUUUUGUUCUACAGUAGAAUUGCUUGGGAAUUCUCUAAU